CCACUGCGCACGCGGACAAAUUUCUCGUCGUGUCAGCAUCUCUAUUACCGCGUUUACCAUCGUUCUAAGCAUCAUCAGAUGGCCCUGGCCAACAACUUCAAAACAAUGGACGAGGAAAUAGUGGUAGACGACGUAGAGGAGCAUAGUACUGUGGAUACGCAGCACCAGACUGCGGAUGACUCUACGACAUCCGUAAUGCCACUGCUAUACAUCCAGCAAAAUAAAGUACGUUCUACACAAUCAUCAAAUGUAAAUCAAACCCUCGCUUCACCUAGCACGCAACUCGCUGCCAUUAUUAAUUUAGUUAAUAAUCAGAUUGUAACUGGGCAAAAUAAGGUGUUUAUACAAGGUCCAAAUCAGGUAGCUACAUCACAAAGUAAGCAACACAUUGUGAUUCAUCGUCCAAUAAAUACUGUGAGCACUGCAGCAACUUCACAGGCUCAAAAACACAUUUUACUUAGAAAGUCAACAUCCACUGCUCAGAUAGUACCUUUGAAUACAACGCAAGGAAAUCAGACCAAUGCGCAAGUGGGAAAACAUACAUUUGCGUAUUUGGGAACUCUCAUUAAACCUAAUAAAUCACGAGAAUCUGUUGUUAUACCCGCAGGGGCUUUAACACCAACUCAUCAAAUAAGCAAGCCCAAAUUAGUAAUUACACCAGUAAUAUCGCAAUUAGCUCAAACAUCAGCAAGCACCACGAGUGGCUCUCAGAGUCAACCUCCUAAACACAUGGCGAAUCUAAUACUACCAGUCAACAUUCCUCAACAAAGUGGCACUACAAAACCCUUGUUCAACGUAAAAAUUAAUAAUGGUCAACUUAGUACAGAAAGCAAAGGUACCAUAACAGUGUUACGUGAAUCAAAAACAACCAACUCUACAACACAUCCACCACCACUGCAUCCAAUAGCAAAAAUGAGCCUUUUAAAUGCGAAUAAGGGCAAUUCUAACUCCAUAGAUAGUAUAAAAAUUACUGAAAACCCAGAUUCAGCUGUUAUUACGCCCAUCCCGAAAAAGGAAGACAAUCAGCCAGAAAAGCGGAAAAAGACAAUUAGCAACAUACUACGAGGUUCUACUGAAAAACGAAUGAAGAAACAAAAUAUUGCAAAAUCUCCUCAAGAUGGUCUAACUGAUACUAAUUAUGCAUUGAGCAGUCCAGAGUCUGAACAAGACAAAGAUAAGAAGGUUCAAAAUGAUGAUGACAUUACGUUGAUUAAAGUUAUUCCUAGUGAGGAUAAAGUUUCCAAAAUCAAUACAAAUAUGGAUGAUGAUAUAAAAAUAGAAAUAAUUAAAACUCCAACAAAUUGUAACAGAGACAGUGUCGAGACAACACCAGACAAUAAGAGUGAAUCAAAGAGUAACAACAUUGAUGAGACAAAAGAACAGUUAAAUACUUUGAAUCAGAAUAAGAAUUUGGAUGCUUCUAAAAUUUUAGACUGGAAAGAUGGUGUUGGCACUUUGCCUGGAAGUAAUUUACAGUUUCGUAUGAAUGAAUUUGGCAUUAUGGAAGUAGUGGAUGAAGAUGAAAGUAAUAAACAGAAUAAGGAUGGUAUUGGUGAUAAAGAAAAUGUAUGUUUAACCCAAAAUUCCUCAAAGACUAGUUCAGGAGUUGUCAAUAAUACUAAUGUAGAAAAAAAAGUUGAUGACAAAAAAUCAAGAUCGGUAAACGCAGAUACCGUGUACCAUUGCGAAGCUUGUGGAUGUUAUGGAUUGGCUGCUGAAUUUGAAAGUCCAAUAUCUUGUAGUCCUUCUUGCACAGAGGUGAUAGAAGCUAAAAAACAGCCUGCAAAUCGAAAAGAUAAGGAUCUGAAAGAAGUACGCAUGAAAAAGAAACGUAAAAGAUUGUUACAAGAACCACAAUGGUCAAAGGAGAUAGAUGAAAGAUCUGAUGAGAAGGCACAUGACAAAAUAAAAUUGGAGAUGGAUGAGGAAAAAGACUCAAUGACAGGUAUGGAUGACGAAAUCCAAGGAGACUCAUCAGAAUCGAAGUAUCCUUGGCAAAGAGGAAAACUAGGUUUUUCAUGGCCAAAGUAUCUUGAACAUUGUAAAGCAAAAGCGGCACCUGUUAAGUUAUUCAAAGAUCCUUUUCCCUACAGUAAAAAUCAUUUUAGGGUUGGAAUGAAAUUGGAAGGCAUCGAUCCCGAACAUCCUUCUCGAUAUUGUGUUCUAACUAUUGCCGAAGUUGUAGGUUAUCGAAUGCGUCUACAUUUUGAUGGUUAUCCGGAAAAUUAUGAUUUCUGGAUAAAUGCAGAUAGCAUGAAUAUAUUUCCCGCCGGGUGGGCUGAGAAGAAUGGCAAGAAAUUAAAUCCACCAAAAGGUUAUACAUCUGCAAACUUUAAUUGGAAUGCAUAUCUAAAAAUUUGUAAAGCGCCUGUUGCAGCGAAAAAUCUAUUUCCGAAUAAAGGCGCGUUGCAAUCUGUUUUUCCUACGGGUUUUCGAGUGGGCAUGAAAUUAGAGGCGGUGGAUAGGAAACAUUCUUCGUUACUUUGCGUCGCUACUAUAGCAGGUUUAAUGGAUUCUCGAAUAUUAGUCCAUUUCGAUUCUUGGGAUGAGGUGUAUGAUUAUUGGGCUGAUGCGAGUUCACCAUAUAUUCAUCCUGUAGGAUGGUCUCAUCAUAAUGGACGUGUUUUAAUGCCGCCAAAUAAUUAUAAGGAUUCUAAAUCUUUCACUUGGGAUUCAUAUCUGAGAGAUACCGGCUCAGUGGCUGCUCCAGCUAGGGCAUUCAAGCAACGUCCACCAUGUGCAUUCAAACGUGGUAUGAAAUUGGAAGCAGUGGAUAAACGUGUUCCACAAUUGAUCAGAGUGGCAACAGUCGAAGAUGUGAAAGAUCAUUUGUUAAAGAUAAAGUUUGAUGGAUGGCCCGAUAAUCACACUUAUUGGGUUGAUGAUGAUUCACCUGAUAUUCAUCCUGUAGGCUGGUGUGUAAAAACUGGUCAUCCACUGGAACCGCCACUUACACCCGAUAAUUUGAAUGAUCGACCGGAAUGUGGCACGUAUGGCUGCCGAGGUAUAGGUCAUGUAAAAGGACCUAAAUUUGCAACGCAUAAUUCAGCAUCUGGUUGUCCGUAUUCUCCCCAAAAUCUAAAUAAAAUGGGGCAGAUGCCUGAUAGACUCAAUUUGUCAAAAGGAGAUUCACAAGAAGCUUAUGAUUAUGAAGAGGAUUUACAAGAAAAAAUAAAACUAGAAAAAAGUGACAGAAUAAAAAUAGAAAAAACGGAAAAAUCUGAUAAAUUUUUGUUCUUAGAUGAAGGGUUAUUAAUGAUCGAGAAGGAGAUGAAGGAAGAUGGAGACUCGUCGGAUAAGAAUGACAAAUGUGAAAAUAGAUCGGAUAAUUCAGACAAAUAUAAUAAGUUUAAGAAUCUACAUAGCGACGGACAAACGGAUGAUGAUGAAGUUUCGAGAAAACGGAAAAAAAGGCAUGCAAAUUCAGAAGAGCCUUUGUUUUCCGUUUCUAAUGUUACAUAUGGCGAUCUACAUUGGAAUAGUGCUCAAUAUGCCUCAAACAUACCUGUUAAGCAAUUGCGUAAAGAAUUGUAUCAAUCUGUAUAUAAUCCAGGAUAUAAUCCUUUACCGAACGCACCGCAUAUAUGGGCGAAACAUAGUAAUGCCUUAAACAGAGUAGUAUCGAAGCAGACGACGAAUCCACGACGAUGGUCUAAUGAAGAAGUGAUUAAAUUUAUACAGAGCAUGCCUAAUUGCGCGGAAGCUGGAAAUAUUAUUAGACAGAACAAUAUCGAUGGAGAAGCAUUUUUAAUGUUGACUCAAGAGGAUCUGGUAUCGGUAUUACGUCUGCGACUCGGGCCAGCGAUUAAGUUGUAUAAUAGUAUAGUUUUACUACGUCAAAAAGCAUCAUGAAUUAAAUGCGGGCGAAAUAUGUCAUUGACUGGCGAGAUGACGCAGCAGCUAUUGUGACGAGAUCGCCUAUAAUUUAUUUAAAAUAUUAUCAAGGAAACAUAAUAUAUAUUUUGUCAGUAAAUUUCAGAACUAUCUUUCUAGACGAAUGAGCAAGUAAAUAUAAUAAACAAGAAUCAUUCGAAUGAACACUCACAAGUGUCUAGUUAGACAGUUUUGAAAUAUUUAUUUAAAAUCUUCCAUUUAAAUCACAAUUAGAGGAGAGGGCGGAAGGAAGACGGGGAAAAAACGAUUAUCCGUUAAGGCCCAAUCAUGAGUAUGUCCGAUCGAUUUCUAUCUAUCGGAAGUUUUUCGAAAUUUCAAAGAAUUAGAAUAUACAUUUUUUUCAACAAGAAAUAUAUUUGUUUUAGAAACUUGAAAGUAUAUAUGUUUCUACACAUUUUUUGAACUAUUUCAAAUAGAUGAAAAAGUAGUCGGACACGAGAUAGCAAUGAUUGGCGUCCAAUAAGGUACCCUUUUUCAUAUUUUAUGUUACAAAAUCAGAAAUGCUUGUAAUUUUAUAACAUUUUAAUUUGACAAUUCUAUGAAUCGAUUUUAACAAUGCGACGAAAAAUUCUGAAUUGUUCGCAUUGGUCAAGUACUUACGACCUGACAUAUAACAUAAUUUUUCACAUAGAAUGAGUGUAUUGAAUCAUGUACAAAUGUAAAUAUUGUUUUAAUUAUUAGGUAUUGUAAUAAAAAUACUUACGCAAUCUUUUCACUUAAA